AUGUCGGUGGUGUCGGCCACUUCGGGCGCCAAAACUAAUAUUUCAAUAUUAAAAAGCUUCCCACUUACGCUCAAUCAAGACAGUAUAAGGAAGCCCCUUGGCACUCGGCAAGCAUCUACAGUGCAGCCCGUUGCUCGGAGGAUAUCUGGAAAUCUACAGCUUGGAGCUGGGGUAAUAGCUUCCCCACCAGUACCAACCAAACUCUCUACCCCGAGCAUCGAUAAACCAGUUCCCGACUUCCCCGAAUUUAAAGAAUGGGCGCAAGACGCAAUCCACCGCCAGCAACGGGACAUUGACCGUGUUUCCGCCACUGGGAGUCGUAUUGAAGGCGAGAUGCAGCAGUUUAGAGACUUCAUGCGGGAAGUUCGCGUUGAGCUCCAGGAAGGUCAACGCCUUCAUCAGGCCCAUCACAUGGACCGAGAAGUUCUUGCAAAUCUUCAAGUCGAUAUGAGCAACCUGGAUGAGAAGGUGGAUAAAAUUGAUAAUGAGCAUAUCCGUGGUAAAAGCGGAGUGUCUCUGAAUCGAGACAUCGAAAUCAUCAUAUCAGAUAUGCUUACGGUCAGCAACAAGGCUAAUGAGGUUGACGACGUAAAGAUUGGCUUGCAGCAAGUCACAAGACAAAUCGAGUCCAUAAAACAGCUAGCGACAAAUAACAGAGCAGUGCACGGUUCAGAAAAUCUCCAAGGCGGUAGAGAGGCGAGCGAUAUUGAUGGAUUGAGGAAUGAGUUGCGACAAUUGAGGAGCCAACUCGAUUUGGUGCAAUGUAUUGUUAAUGGCCCGUUACCCCAACCGAUACAAGCAAACUUGUUAAACACAAGCCCUCACUAUACAGAUACCGCCUCCGAAAAUAAAUCGAGAAAUCGACUUAUUCCUCGUGUCGAGAUUCCCGUUCAAGCAGUUGAGCAUCCAGCACAAUUGCAGCUGCGACCUGGAACUAGCGCCGGACAACCCUCAUCGUGUGUGCCAAUUCUAGAGUAUUAUGACGAUGAUCAGGCUCCUUCCCGGAAGCGUAAGUAUGACCAAGCUAAAAGUCCUCCCAUAACCAUCAAUCAAGAAAGUGGGCUACACCCUGCGCUCCUAGUAAAGAGGAGAAAAGGCCCCCCACGCAAGGUCAAGCAUGCUCCCUCAACGACCGCCGAUCAACCAUCUAGAGACUCUCGUGGCCAAAUCCAAACUCCAAAGCCAGAUGUGAUUGAUAUAAUAUCAUCUGAGAAUGGUGGAUCUCCAAUCUUGAGUAGAUAUGAGGAGCCUGGAAAGUCUAACAUGGCGAGGAACACUGGGAAUUCUGAUCAACCCUUUCCAGCAGAAUAUGGUCCCGAAAAUGCUAUAACGUCCAAUACGAUAAUUGUUGAUUCCGGACCAAAGGGAGUCGUAUCUGUGCAUCAAACGGCUUCUACCAAUAACUCAACAGCAUCAACUCCCGGUUCCUUGGACAAGGACUGUACAAUUAAGUCAACGAAGCUAAGACGCCAAUCAGAUAUCUCCCACGCUUGGAAUCCGGAUUCGCACGCUAUUAUUGAAACGCUCGGUGGCCAAACUAGAAGGCGGUCUCUUCGGAGUCACAAGCAAAGCGAGUUAACUACAGCAGCUAUAGGCGACAACAAGAACCUUGAAGUUAGUCAAGGGAAAAUAAGAGAGGGAAACACAGGUCUCACCACAACGCAAGACGCAUCUCGCACUACACAACAGGCAAGCACUUUUCCGCAAAGCAGCAACAAACAACUUCAGUCGAAGCCAGGAUCCAGAAGUCACCAGGCUAGAAGGGUGGAGGCAAGUUCCGCUGCUAAUGAGACACAGAAGGAGAAUCCGUCUAGGGAUGUAAUUUCCUCUUCAAUAGAGCGAGAUGAGCAGCCGUUUGAAUCCGGAAGCAUACCUCUGCCUUCAGCGUCUUAUCCAACACCGAAUCCCCAUGCGCAGGAUAGCAUGCAACCAGUAAAGUCAUCAGACACUAAAACUGGUAAUGCAGCCCAAGACAAAAAGCCCUACAAAUGCCCACUCUGUCCCAGGCGGUACUCUAGCAUACCGGGCCUUCUCCAGCACAAAAGCAUCUCAGCUUGCCAGAAUCAAGUCACAGCGGAGGAUGCUGAGGAUGUUAAUAAGGCGCAGUUGCUUGCUAGGAGAGAGAAGCUGGUUACGGAGAUGCUAGAAAGAGAGAUGAUGACCGGGAUAUGA